UUUCCGAGGUGUCCCUGAAGGCAGCACAGGUCUGCACACAGUGAAUGGGAAUCAUCAGUGUGUAGUUUGAGUCUCAGGGAGAAGUCAUGUUGUCCUCAGUGUUGUGCGUGUUCUAGUGAGUUGUAGUGUGUGAUCAUGGCCAAACAGUACGACAUGUUGUUCCGGCUGCUCAUGCUCGGAGACUCUGGGGUGGGGAAGACGUGCAUGUUGCGCAGGUUCACCGACAGUGAGUUUGACCCGUCACACAUCUCCACCAUCGGUGUCGAUUUUAAGAUGAAAACAUUAGAAAUAGAUGGAGUCAAGGUGCGAAUACAGAUAUGGGACACAGCUGGUCAGGAGCGUUAUCAGACCAUUACCAAACAAUACUACAGACGGGCACAGGGUAUCAUUUUUGUGUACGACAUCACCAGCGAGGCGGCCUUUCAGCACAUAGCGAAGUGGGCCAGCGAUGUGGACGACUAUGCACCCAACAAGAUGCAGAGGAUCCUGGUAGGAAACAAGUCUGAUGAGGAGCUGAGGAGGCAGGUGACAACGGAACAAGGAAGCAAGCUUGCAGAAACCUAUGAGAUGGAGUUCUUUGAAACCAGUGCUUCCACCAGCAAUAACAUCCGAGAGGCCUUCACUCGUCUGACCGAGCUGGUGUUGCAGGCACACAAGAGAGACACGGAUAACUUGCUGUCGUCCCUGGAUGAUUAUCUAGAGAAGGCUGCUCUGGAGGACGAGGGGAGUAAAGAUACUGACAACAACGCUCAGAGGAGUUGUGCCUGUUAGCAAAAAGAGCCAUGGCUGAUACCUUCAUGCAUCUGUCCCCUAUUGUGACUUGACUUCAGGCCUCCUUCACAUCCUCCUUCAAGUGUGUGUGACUGUUAAAUGCUGUUUGCAGCAGCUACCAGCAGAGGGCCCAGUUUUGUGGCACGAUCACUGAAGAGUGGUAGCUGUGUCUGUCCAGCAAAUCUAUCAGUGUACAUGCUCUCCUCUUUUUCCUUGUUAAAUUGUAACUUUGGACUAAACAUCCACUUCAUCUCUUCUCCAUUGCUUUUGCUUUCUUGUUGCCUGUUAUUUGAUUUGCCGUCUUCAUAUCACCAAACUGACUAAUAACGUGAUUUCAUAUUAAAGAAAUCUGUCCCUUGAUGUGAGUCUAGAUGCUGUAAUAAGGCAGACAGACAGGGUUGAAUUAUUUACACCUCAGACCACUCAGAGAUGGAUUCCUUUACACGCUGACUUAUUUCCUCAAGGGAGCCACUGCUGUGCCAUGUUCAGUGACCUUUGUGAAUGCACCUAUGUUCAUGUACCAUCCUGAAUGUGCAUGUUAAGUGUGUUUUAUAAAUGUGACUGGUGUUGCCUACUG